AUGGUGCCUACAUCAGGGAACUACAGUCAACUUCAACAAACACAUUUGAUUCUUAUGCAGUAUUGCAUCACUCGGCAGAAGCUGCACCACAAGGAGCCACAGGAGGCCAGGCCCACAGAAUAUGCACCGCAGUCAGCACUAGCUGGUAGAGACUGGAUCUGGACAGCUUCCACAUCCAAUGAAGAAUACUUAAGGAUAAUGGGCAUGUUUGAAGACCACAAAUGUGCGACUUUCUCUCUCCAUAUCAUUUCGCAACUGGGAGUGGAUGAGGGUAAACCAAUUGGAGAGUGGUACGGCCCAAAUACUGUUGCUCAGGUUAUUAGGAAGUUGACACCAUUUGAUGAGUGGAACAACUUUAGUGUGAAUGUUGCCAUGGACAAUGUAGUCAUUAUGGAUGAAAUAAGAUGUACUUGUCAAGUUGAAGGAGAACGAAUAUGGCGACCACUACUUCUCUUCAUUCCUCUACGUCUAGGACUUUCUGAGAUGAACCCUAUCUAUUUUUCUGGCCUUAAGAAAUGUUUCAAGAUGCCACAGUCUCUGGGACUCAUAGGUGGGAAGCCUAACCAUGCAUCUUAUUUCAUUGGUUUUAUGGGUGAUGAGUUGGUGUUCCUUGACCCCCACACAACACAAGAUGCUGGAAGCAUAGCCAAAAAACUUACUGAGGAGGAGGUGGAGUUAGACAAAUCUUACCACUGCUCAUAUGCUCAACGUAUGCCUUUUGAACAGCUGGAUCCUUCUCUUGCCUUGUGCUUUUAUUGUGGUACAGAAAAAGAAUUUGAUGAUUUGUGUAAUCGGAUGCGGCAGGAACUCAUAGACGCUGAGAAAACUCCACUCUUUGAAUUGGUCCCUACCAGACCUGACUACAUGAAGGAUGACUCUUCUUUUGAGGGAGCUUCUGGGAUUAGUGUGGAGUUUGAAGAUCACCACCUUGACUCUGAUGAUGAGGAGUUUGAGGUUCUUCAGUGAAACCACCAAGGAGUUGAGUACGGAGUAGUGCUGACUCUUCUUGUAAUACUGACUGAUUCUUGUUUUAAUACUGACUGACUCCUCUAAUAUUGACUGACUUCUCUCCUAAUACUGACUGACUCCUGUAAUACUGACUUACUCCCCCUGUAAUACUGACUGACUCCUUCUCUAAUACUGACUGACUCUUCCUCUAAUACUGACUGACUCUUCCUCUAAUACUGGCUGACUCCUUCUCUAAUACUGACUGACUCUUCCUCUAAUACUGACUGACUCUUCCUCUAAUACUGACUGACUCCUCCUCUAAUACUGACUGACUCCUCCUCUAAUACUGACUGACUCUUCUAAUAUUGAUUGACUCUUCUAAUGCUGUACUGACUGACCCCUCCUCUAAUAGUGACUGAUUCCUCCUCUCAUUCUGACUCCUACUUUAUUUUACAUAAAGUUGUCAUGAACAACUUAGUCUUGUGAUGGUAAAGUCUUCAUGAAAAAUUUGUUUCUAUGAAAGUCGUAGUACAGUACUAUAUUAGAUUUAGAUCAGUGAAGUCAUUUAUGGAGAAGAUCAAUAUAAAAUAGAAUUGAAUAUAUUAAAGAAAUCAAUCAUCAACUGUUAUGAAUGAUCUUGAAUAUGAAAAAAACCAUUGUCAUGUUUUAACUCAUAUACUGUACAGGAAUUCAUAUCUUAAAAUAAUUAGUUCGGCAAGCACAAGAGGACAGAAUUUAGGAUUUUUAAAUUAUGCUUUGUAGAGUUGAGUGUCAUCUUUUGAGAGAGAAGGUGGAGUAGUGAAGCAUAGGGCCAAGGUAAGGUUGCAUUGUGAUAAGUUUUCACCUUGUAUUGGUAUGCUGUUCAUGAUUAUUGCAUUUUAUAGCACAGUUGCUGAAUCUGAGUACUGUAGACUUUUCAGAAUAUACAUUUGUUCUCUUUUCUCUCUUUGGUAACAAAAGCACAAGUGAUUUAUGGGGAUUGAUAAUGCUGAUGGAUGAUGAUGUGUUGUAUAAAGCAACAGACGUAAACCAAAUGAAAAUCGUGGUAGUACUGUUGUGGAGUAAGAACACUAUAGAUGAGCUCAUCUUUUGGAGAAAACAUCACCUGAAGAUUAGCUCCCUCAGCUUAUGUCAUCGAACGAUUAAACAUCCUAAUGCUACUUGGAUAGGUUAGGUAAAGUUAGCUUUAUGGUGGUUAAUCUUCAGGUGAAAUAAGUUAAAGGAUAAUCAUCAGAUGAACCUAAAAAACAAAGUGAUACCUCCGUUAGCCAGAACAAUUGGUGCAGAGCACUUCAGCGAAUGAAAGAUUACCGGGUGAUGAGUCGCCUUUCUUGAGCUUGGAAAAAUAUCCUCCAUCCCCAGAAUUUUCCGGGUACUGGUAAAAUUUUCUCGGAAUUUCAGGAAAAUGUGCUUGAUUUUCAUCUCUCAAGCCUGAAAAACUCCCCCAUCCCUGGAAUUUUCCGGGUACAGGUACACUGGGAAAUUUUUCUCAGAAUUUUCCAGAAAAUUUGCCCCUCGGAAAAUUGGAGAGUUCCGGAUAAGAGGGAUUCCGGCUAACGGAAAUAUUAAUGUACAUGUAAGUGAUGUCAGAAUCUGUAUUAUUCUUCAUGAUGGCCACUCUGCAUCAUGGUGAGAAUAGAAGAAUGAAAACAAAUGGCUCUCCCUUUGAAAAUAAAGUUUGGUUUAGUAAAUUUCCCUAACUAGGUUAUGAUUUAAUCUCUCAGAAAAGAAAUGAGUCUUGGUUAAGUGAUACAGUACAAAGUUUUAAAUAUCUUAUUGAAAAAACAUUACAUAAAACAAAAAUUAACAUACAGUAUUAUACUGUAAUGUCAAUCUGUCAUCACAUUGUACUGUAUUAAUUUUUCUGUAUUUAGUGUUAUAAAAUUCUGAAACUUAACCAUCACCAUAAUUAGACGUGUUGAAGAUUCAGUAACCUUUUUUCCCCCCUUCUUGCAAGCCUUCCCCCACUACAGCACAGUGUGGCCAAAAUCAAGAAUAAUAUACAGUACAGUAAGUACAGUCCUUGGUAGCAGCCACAGUGGAACUACUGUACUGUGUGCUGUGUCCAUGUUAAGGGAGGUGUCAGGCUUUAGCUAUAAAGAUAGUAUGGGUAAAAGAAAAGAAAACUCACCUCAACAGAGGUGAAAAGGUUGAAAACCUGAAACAGUAGAAUAUUUGGUUAGUGAAGCCAUUAUUAACUAGAAAAAAGAUCAAUUAGAAAAUUAAAAAUUGAAUUUGACAAAAGAAAAUGAACAUUAAAAAGUAAAUAAAUAAAUUCUUUAAUUUCCUAUAGCACUGACCUUCAUCGCAGAAUAUAUUGCUGUUUUACUGGAAGUGGUUGAAAUUUUUCAAUUAAUUAGUACAGUACAGUAUUAUAAUAGUCUUUACUUGCUGUCAGAGCAGAGGGACAAGCUGAAUCUUACCGAAACACUUUCUGUAAUAUUUGGCUAUAAUUAAUUACCGGUAGCUAAUUUACUGCAGGAUCUUUUCUUCCUAGUUUCUCCUUACCAGCAGGUCUUGCUUAUGCUGCUAAUUAUGCAUAUGAUUUUUUUAUCAACCCUGUCUGUGAUCCAUUGUUUAAUUGUAAAUAUGAAGGCAAAAAAUAUACUGAGUGUACAGUGUACCUAUGCCACCUAACACAGCCAGUGACCAAUUCUUGAACACGCUUGUUUUAAUUAUCAGAUUUUAGAGAUUUCUGAGCCGUGCACAAAAGUUACUCCUUAUAUAUUUGUAUGUUGAUUUAGGUACUGUAUCAUAAAUUAGCCUUUGACAAUUAAAAUACUUGUACUUGAAAUCUUUGGAUGCAUAUUUCAUUUCCAAUUUGCAUUCACAAGGACUGUUAAUUCUCCAGUAAAAUAUGAAAAGGUUAA